GACCCGUGUUUGCCAAACUAACUUUAUUCAUGUGACGACCGCGUCCCCCGGGAAAGCGCACAGGAGAUUUCCGCCGGCUUUCGUCGUUUCUAGCCGACAAAAUGACUCACGGUUAGAACCGAGGAAGCGCACGCCCGCGGCUCAGAGGACACGGUUCGGCGUCGCGCUUUCACGAGGACGCGACAGCGAUGACAGAGUCCGAACCCGAGUCAUGGAGAACGUAACCGCGUUUCCAGAGCAGACGGUCAGCCAGCGGAAGGCUGUUUGGCAGAGAUGGGCUCAGUGACCUCCGCUUUCACCAGGUCUCGCAACACGCUGGUCAAAGUGGGUUCGGAGCCGCAGAAAGAGGCGGACGGGAAAACGAGGAGCGGGUCCGGUGCGACCGCGAAGCAAACUAGCAAACAGUCCCUGGCGCGAAAAACCACCGGCGGCCCCAGAGCGAGCACGCCGCAAGCUCCCGCGUCUGCUACAGUGGCUAAUGAGGAUGGGGAGACCAACAGCAGGCCACUGGCGAGAUUUGCACGCUCAAAGUCUCAGAGCGCGCUGUGGAACACACUCACCGCUGGGACGUACAAGAAGGAGAAGGUCAAAGUUCAGAGGGACGUUCCAGACGAUCCACGCAGGAUAGAAGAGAUCCUCGCGGAUGAGCUUCCCUCCACAGACGUCCCAGAAGCUACAGAGAAAACUGCUGUCAGAUUACGAUGUUUGGUAAAACAGUUGGAGAGAGGAGAGGCGUCUCUCGUGGACCUGAAGAAAAACCUGGAAUAUGCUGCCACUGUUUUGGAAUCGGUUUAUAUCGAGGAAACAAGGCGAUUGGUCGAUACCGAGGAUGAGCUUAGCGAUAUCCAAUCAGAUUCCGUGCCGUCAGAGGUCCGUGAUUGGCUGGCCUCCACCUUCACGCGGCAGAUGGGCCUGAUGCUGCGACGGACCGAAGAGAAGCCGCGAUUUCGCAGCAUCGUACACGCAGUGCAGGCUGGGAUAUUCGUGGAGAGAAUGUACCGGAGAACCUCUAACAUGGUGGGACUGAGUUACCCUCCGUCUGUCAUAACAGUGCUCAAGCAUGUGGAUAAGUGGUCUUUUGAUGUCUUUGCUCUGAACGAGUCGAGCGGUGACCACGCUCUCAAAUUCAUCUUUUAUGAGCUCCUCACCCGAUACGACCUCAUCAGCCGCUUCAAGAUCCCCGUCUCAGCGCUGGUCUCGUUUGUGGAGGCUCUGGAGGUGGGAUAUAGCAAACAUAAAAACCCGUACCACAACCUGAUACACGCCGCCGACGUCACACAGACCGUGCACUACCUGCUCCUCAAGACCGGGAUGGUGCACUGGCUGACAGAGUUGGAGAUUUUCGCAAUGCUGUUUGCUGCUGCCAUCCACGACUACGAACACACCGGGACCACAAACAACUUCCACAUCCAGACCAGGUCGGACACGGCCAUCCUGUACAACGACCGCUCUGUGCUGGAGAGUCAUCACGUCAGCGCGGCGUACCGACUGCUGCAGGACGACGACGAGAUGAACAUCCUCUACAACCUCUCCAAAGACGACUGGAGAGAGCUCAGGGCGCUCGUGGUCGAGAUGGUUUUGGCCACUGACAUGUCCUGCCACUUCCAGCAGGUCAAAGCCAUGAAGAAUUUCCUCCAGCAGCCCGAGGGAAUUGACAAACCCAAGGCUCUGUCUCUGCUGUUACACACGGCUGACAUCAGUCAUCCAGCCAAGAGCUGGGAUCUACACCACCGCUGGACUACGUCACUGCUGGAGGAGUUUUUCCGACAGGGCGAUAAGGAGGCAGAACUUGGCCUGCCGUUCUCGCCUCUGUGCGACCGUAAGUCCACGAUGGUGGCUCAGUCCCAGAUCGGUUUCAUCGACUUCAUCGUUGUUCCCACGUUCACGGUCCUGACGGAUAUGACCGAGAAGAUCGUCACUCCGCUCAUCGAAGAGGCCACAAGUUCAGGCCUGGCUGGUUUCCGCAGCAUUACUGCGGGAGAUGCGAAGCGGAGCAGUGUGAACAGCACUGGUUCUGAUGCAAGCGGAUCUCAAAGCUGCUCGCUCCUCACCGUGGACCUGAAGAACUUCAAGGGCAUCUGGAACGAGGAGGUUUUUCUGAACAGGGAGCGGUGGAAGGCGCAGGCGGCCAAAGAGACGGAGGAGAAGGCUAAAAGAGAGCAGGAGGAACAGCAGGAGGCGACGGCAGAGAACCAGGAGCUGUCAGGACCAAAGAAAGACAGGGUGGGAGAGGACGACCCAGAGCCGGGAGGGGUAAACGGACCCCCUGAAGAAAGCCCCCAUGACAAAUCAAAUAACGAAGAGGCACAUCAGAAAUUACAGAACGGAGAAGUAUCUGAAGAGGCAGAAUCACCAGCAGAGGAAGACAAGAGAACACUCGAUGAAGCUGCAAAUGCCUAGAGUGACUUCCAGAGGCGUCUUGAGAUCCGAUGUCAGACACAGAGCGGAGAACUUACCAUCAGGAGAACGCUCGGGUCUGAAGGACCACGUCGCCCUCUAGAGGACACGGCUAAUGCUUGCAUCACUUUGUGUUCGGCCUCCAUCCCCUCCAAAUCUCCAGACUUUUGAUAAGACUGGUCUCUCAGAAUGAGGAAGGACAAAACAGACCAGAGACGAGCGGUCUGUUUUAUUUACGGAACCAGAAUUCCUUCCCAAACCUUUAAAGUGCAACGGUUGCAUCCACUAAGAAAAGCAUGCAGCAGCUGAACGCAAGGAUUCUCGUUAAAACCUACAUUUCAAAUGCUUUCUAUGUUUUUGAGCAGCCUUGCAGUUGGAUGACUUGGUAUGUGUGCAAAGCUCAAACUGUGACUUAUAUAUAUAUAUAUAUAUAUAUAUAUAUAUAUAUAUAUAUAUAUAUAUGUGUAUAUAUAUAUAUAUAUAUAUAUAUAUACACACAUAUAUAUAUAUAUAUGUGUAUAUAUAAUAUGUGGCCUGCAGUAAAUAACUAAUCUUAGCAGCAGUUGCAUCUGUGAACAAUAUUCAGCUUUUGACAACAGCAAUGUUACGUUCAGCUAUUUUAAAUGCGCUUUACCUGACAUGGACUGAUGCAUUACAGCAAACAUGCUCUGAUGUGAACAUCUGCCUCCGACACACGUUUGUUCACCUCAUCUGCUAAUAGAGGUUGUGUAUAUGAAACCCUAAAAUAUAUAUGUCUGCGUUUAGAUCAGAGCUUUUAUAACUUGAGAAAAGCCGUACGAAGUGGCAGUAUUUCCUAUUCGAGCACGUCUGUGUGCAGCUGUGGAGUAGAAAACGCCUGAUUCAACCUAAGAUUUUUCCUUCUCUCGCUUACCUUCCGAUGCCUUUCUUCGUGUAGUCUUUUUGAAAGCAGCUGAACUGAAACGUCUUAUACAGGAACACACAAACUAGCAGUCGCCGUAGACAAUGUAAGUCUGACCGUAGUAGCGUGUGAGUCAUAACCAUAUCACUGUGCUCGCUCCGCAAUACCUGGAUAUUACGCCGUAUGUCAUUUUUACUGGUUUCCUGGGGGUUCGUGAAAAGCUUUUCUCUGUCCAUUGAGCAGGUCGUCUCUAGAAAGCCGAAGAGAACAUGUCCAGGUCACAUGUCACCUCAUGAGGAAAAGAAUACGAUUUUUAGGACUAUAAAGAACAUAGAAGAGACUGUCAAAAAUGCUGAAAUGCCACGAUUGCAUUAUAUAAAUGAGCAAAAAUUAAAGGCGAUAAAGUGAACACUCAAGUUUGGGGUCGGUACACUUUUUUAAUACAACAGAAGUCUAUUUGUUUGAUGAAAAUGCAGUAAAAACUGUAAUAUUGUGAAAUAUUAUUACAAUUUAAAAGAACUUCUUCCUAUUUUAGUAUGUUUUAAUAUUGAAUUUAUUCCUGUGAUGCAAAGCUGAAUUUUCAGCAUCAUACUUCAGUCUUUAGCGUGACAUGAUUCUUCAGAAAUCAUUCAAAAGUAAAAUUCUUCCGUAAUGUUCUAAACGACUUUUGAUCAAUUUAAUGCAUUCACAGAAAAAAAUAUACCGCAAAUAAUUUACUUCAGCUACAUUUAAAUACAUUUUGCUCAAAGUUAGCCAAUUAUAUGUGUUCAUUUAAAUGUAGCUAAAAUAAAUCGAUUGCAACCAUUUAACCGGUUAAAUGAAAGAGGGUUAAAUGUGACCUGUAUAUGUUCUUCCUUUCCUGAGGUUUAUCGUUUAUUAUGUUCAGCAUUCACGAACUAAUCCCAUAACUGAAACAUUGAACUCUUUUCUUCUGUUUGUUUGAUCUGUUUUGUUGUAAAUAUGUUUUUCUCUGAAUGAGUGAGAUGGGACGCAUUACUGGAUAAACGCAUGCAUUCGACUGGAUGCGUUAGGUUUUCUGAGGUUGUGACCUUAGUCAAGUUGAGCUUCUGAAUUGUAUUUUAUUUAUACAAAAUCUGUAAAAUUCUGUAUCUCAUUCAUGUAUAAUAUUUACCAGAGUUAUUAAUUUAAAUGUUUUUUUCCCCCCCUUACAUAAUUUUACACAGCAAAAUGAAUAGAACUGUUUACCCUGUCAAAAUGAGAGUAACGGAUAUGCAUUUCUUCCGAAAUGAAGCUAAUUGUAAUUUGAUUAUGUGGGUCAGAUGAUUUAGUUCGCCGCCUUGUGGUUUGCAGUAAAGCUUCCUGUAGAUUCAGACUAUUACCAGAGAUCAUGUGGCGGUGUGUGCUGAGACGAUGCUACGGCGUGUGUGUGUGUCUGUGUGAGAGGGAGUGUACGAGACUGCGUGUGUGUGUGUGAGAGCUGAUCGCGUUCGGUUUGUAAAGGUUGACACUGUGAUCUUUAGCGUCUAGCCGUCCCCAUGAUGUCUGUUUUGAGUAGGACGCAGAGAAAGAAAAAAUGCUGUGUCUACACACGCGUGAUUCACAAUAAACAUCAACUUAAAGGGCUCAG